AUGAUUAGAUCUGAACAUGUCCUAUUGAAGCAUGCUGGUGUUGAGACCGUGAUUACAUCACUCAGAGACAAUUAUUGGAUCUUAGGCCUUAGACGCUUAGCUAAGUCGGUUAAGAAGCGUUGCAUUCCUUGUCAAAAGGUGGAUGCUCAGGCUUGCAACCAGUUUGCUGCUCCUUUACCAGCGCUCCGAAUCCACGAGGCCCCACCGUUCACUGUGACAGGCUUGGAUUACGCCGGUCCCUUGUACUGUUUAGAUCUUCCGGAAACUAAACUUUAUAUCCUGUUAUUCACGUGCGCAGUUGUGAGGUCAGUUCAUUUGGAAUUGACGGAGUCCUUGUCAGCACCGGAUUACAUACUGGCUCUCAGACGCUUUGCGGCUAGGCGGGGUCUGCCCUCUAUAUUGUAUUCGGACAAUGCUAAGACGUUUGAAGCCACCCAGAAGGAACUCGUGAGAUACCUUGCUGCCCGAAGCCCUCAGUGGAAGUUCAUUGUUCCCCGUUCUCCCUGGUGGGGAGGAUGGUGGGAGCGUUUAGUACGCUCUGUCAAGGGCGCGUUGAAGAAGUCACUGGGUGCUCAGUGUCUUACACGGUCGGAGUUAGAAACCAGUUUGGUAGAGGUGGAGGCUUGCAUCAGUUCACGACCUCUAACAUUUGUGAGUGAUGAUGUAGACGGUCCUAAUCCACUUACUCCUUCUCAUUUCUUAAUAGGUAGAACUGCGUGCUUCCAGACGAAGGUUGCCGAGUCAGAGGUCGAAUUGACUCAAGACAAUUUGACCGAGAGAGAGAUAAUUCGACAGAGAAGUCUAGAGUUGUUCUGGGAAAUAUGGAGCAAAGAUUAUAUCCGUAAUCUUCCACCGUCGGUGACCAAAUUCAAAACUAAAGGUAAAGUAGGAGUAGGUUCGUUAGUUCUGAUCCACGAGGACAACGUGCCUCGUAUGAAAUGGCCCCUAGGCCUAGUGACCAAGGAGUUUCCGGGCUGA